AUGACGGACAGCAAAACCCCAAAACAUUGCAGUGUUGUGUUGGUUUUGCAGAGAACGUCAGCCUUCCAAACAGGACUUUCCCAAACUGCCGAUCGCAGGAACUCGGAUAAGACAGAGCAGGAGUACACAAUGGAUGUUUUUUUUCGUCAGACAUGGACUGAUGAGAGGCUGAAAUUUGGUGGGCCAACUGAAAUUUUGAGAUUGAACAAUUUAAUGGUCAGUAAAAUCUGGACACCAGACACGUUUUUUAGAAAUGGAAAAAAGUCAAUUGCUCAUAAUAUGACUACUCCUAACAAACUUUUCAGAAUUAUGCAGAAUGGGACUAUUCUUUACACAAUGAGACUCACCAUUAACGCUGAUUGUCCUAUGCGGUUGGUGAACUUCCCAAUGGAUGGGCAUGCUUGUCCUUUGAAGUUUGGAAGCUAUGCCUAUCCAAAAAGUGAAAUAAUUUAUACAUGGAAAAAAGGACCCCUCUAUUCAGUAGAAGUACCACAGGAGUCUUCCAGUCUCCUCCAGUAUGACCUUAUAGGACAAACUGUGUCUAGCGAAACAAUUAAAUCUAACACAGGUGAAUACGUACUCAUGACAGUUUAUUUCCACUUGCAAAGGAAGAUGGGCUACUUCAUGAUACAGAUAUAUACUCCUUGCAUUAUGACAGUCAUUCUUUCUCAGGUGUCUUUCUGGAUUAACAAGGAGUCUGUUCCAGCCAGAACAGUUUUUGGCAUCACUACAGUUCUAACAAUGACCACUUUAAGCAUCAGUGCACGCCACUCUUUGCCCAAGGUGUCCUAUGCUACUGCCAUGGAUUGGUUCAUAGCUGUGUGCUUUGCCUUUGUCUUCUCUGCACUUAUCGAGUUUGCAGCUGUCAACUACUUUACCAAUCUUCAGACUCAGAGAGCGAUGAGGAAGGCAGCCAGGGCAGCAGCACUGGCAGCAGCACUAUCAGCAGCAACUGUACCGGCAGAGGACGAGAUUGUCUCGCAUUCUGACUCCAACUGUAACCUGAAGAAGCGAGUAAACUCUGUAACGUCUCAAGCAGAUCAGUCUUCUGGACCCAGCAUGAUAUCAGAUAUUGCAUCCCAGUGUCAACCAAUGUCUGCUGCUCCACCAGCCCCGCCACCACCACCACCACCACCUAUUGGAGGGACAAGUAAAAUUGAUCAAUAUUCUAGGAUCCUCUUUCCAGUGGCAUUUGCAGGAUUCAACCUGGUAUACUGGGUUGUUUACCUUUCAAAAGACACUAUGGAAUUUUUUGAACCAACUGCAAUGCAUCUUCGAAAUGAUCAUCAGUCCAACUGAAGAACAGCUGAGGGUUUCAAAAAAAACACAGAAGGUUUUGUAGAAUUUAAGUGACUUCAAAGGAUGUGUCUAUUCACAGGUGCUCUAAUUGUCAAACAGGGAAUACUUAUAUUGAUCAUCACCUGGAAACAAACUCUGGACAACUCAGUAAGAUAGAAGUUGCACAGAAUUCUAAAUAUACUUUCUUACAAUUUCUUACAUUGAUUCUACUAUAAAAGCUUUUGUUAUUUGGUUGAAUGGUCAAAGCAUAAGAAUGUGUAUUUGUCCUGUUUGUCCUAUUGUAAAUGAUUGAAUGUUUACAUUGACACACACCACCAAUAACAGGAUUAUUUCUCUUAACGUAGUUAGGUUGCUAAAGCAAGCCAGAUUCUAAACUAACAUCAGGAGCUGCAGUGAUUUAUAUCGGUUGAAAUUGGCCUAAGAUAACAUUACAGAAUCCCAUGAAAGGGAGCUGCAAUCCCAUCAUGUUUUCAUCUCCUUUAAAAUUGGAAGUAACAUUCGUAAAGAACACAAUAUAAAGAAAGAAAAAGAAAUUAUUAGUUAUGAACUUUAGCUGGUUAAUUAUGAUGCUGUAACUUUUUUUCUGUUGGGAGUGACAGUGGAAAUAAAAUCAAACCAAUAACGAGCAAUUUUGGGACAGAAUCUGGGAGUGGCAGGACUGAUACCGGGAAGUUUUCAAGAUCCAGACCUAAUGGAGAGAAGCAGCAGCAGCUACCCAUCAAGCUAAAUGCAAGCCUGUCGCUCCAAGAAACUUCUGGAAGCAAGUCACCAUAGCUAGUUAGGGAACUAGCUGCAUUUUAUCAGCUGAUUGUACUGGACUGUCCAUAGCAAACUACCUAGAAAUUUUUGCACAAGCAAAGUACUUCCAGGAAAUUCAGAGUUUAAAGGUGUUAAUAUUCUGAUUUAUUUCUGACUCACCACAAAGCUGAUACAGCUACAGGAUUUCUCUUUCAUAUUUCAUAGUUGUCUAUCAUUGUAUUGUAUAUUCAUUCUUCAUUUCCAUAAUCCUUAUUAAGAAUGUAAUUAGGUAAGAUAUGCCUAACCAAAUCAAACCCAGGCCUUCUUUGUUGCAGGCAUAAUGGAUGCUGGUGGGAGUCAAAAGCACACAAGCAAAUGUUGCAAGCAGCCAAAUAUAAAUUAAGGACUCAAAUCCUGAAAUUAAUUCUGGUACAUCAAAACUGAAUUUAUUUUAAGAGAAAAAUGAAAUGCUGCAUUGAUUCAGGAAAUUCAGGGCCUUUUGCUUUUUCUAAACCAACAUCUUAGUCACUAUGAAAAAAUAUUUAGGGUCUCGCUGAUUGCAGUAAGUUAGAGAGGUCUGUUGGCACUGAAACAAUUUUAACUUUCUAAGGACCUAGUUCCAGCUGUUUUUCUCCUCCUGUUUCAAGAGAGGCACAUAGCUUUUACUAGUGUAAUAACUGGAUUGCUGCUUGAUCACAUACCAGACCACUUUUCAAACUCCCUGUUCUUUACCUUGGUAGAGCUUAGAUAUAGGCAAUUUAAGUACACUUGAAUAAAUAAGAACAGUCUACACAGAGACAAAUACGCAGUUUGUUUUUCCCCUGGUAGCAGAGUGGCACACUUGGAUGUAUUUGUACGUGCCCCGAAUUCUGUCUUCAGUUUACUUUAAAAACAAAAUUGUGAAAAUGUUUCCCAUUUUCAGCCUUCAUAUACU